AUGAGGCGGGCAUCGUUUCUGUUCGACUUUCAGGCUCUUGGAGAACUCCUGCCUGGCGCCCGCCCAUUCUUGAUCGCUGGGGUAUUUGAACGAUGUCCAGUCUGGAACUGGGAGCUGGCCAAGGACUUCGGGGUCUCAAUACUCGACGAUAUGGCCGUUCCCUUCUGCACUCGAUUAAGAAUGCUCCAGAAUCUGACACCAGCAGACGAGGCUGCCUUGGAUGAGUAUCAGCUCACCAGCCUCAACAAGCUCAUCUUCGGCUCGAACCUCAUCGAGGGAGCGGGCGCCGGUGUCGACAUCACCUACAAGCUCUGCCAGCUGGUCUUCACUGGCAAGGACAAGGAAAUUAACGACGAGGAUAUGCUUCGCACCGAGGAGUAUGACCAGCGCUGCAAGAGCCUGGUGACCCAAGAUCUUCCCACCAAGUAG